GGCCGUCCAGGGGAGGCUGCGCCUGCGCGUUUGGCUCGGCGGGGGCGGCUCUCGUAAACCAUGUCUCACGGGCACAGCCACGGCGGGGGCAGCUGUUGCCAUGGCGACGACGACCACGAAGAGCCCGCCGAGCAGCGUGGACAGGCUUGGGGCCUGUACUUGCGCAUCGACCGCCAUCGCCUCGAGUGCCUCAACGAGCGGCGGGAAGGCAGCGGGGCCCUCGUCUUCCGCGCCUGGGAGGACCGCGGGGACCGCCAGAAGUUUGUAGAAAGCGAUGACGACGACGAAGAACUUUUAUUUAAUAUCCCGUUUACCGGCAAUGUGAAAUUAAAAGGAAUUAUUGUGAUGGGAGAGGACAGCGACACACAUCCCUCAGAAAUGAGGCUGUUUAAGAAUAUUCCUCACAUGUCCUUUGAUGAUGCUGCCAGAGAACCGGAUCAGAUCUUUAGCCUGAACCGUGAUGUCACAGGAGAACUAGAAUAUGCCACCAAAAUUGCUCGCUUCUCAAACGUUUAUCAUCUCUCCAUCCAUUUCUCCAAGAACUUUGGUGCUGACAGAACAAAAAUCUUUUAUAUCGGCCUGAGAGGAGAAUGGACAGAACCCCAUCGGCACGAAGUGACCAUCUGCAACUACGAAGCGGCCGCAAACCCGUCUGACCACAAAAUUGAUCAAAUAACGCCGCAGACGCAUUUCAUUUCCUAACUGCAAAAAGCUUAUACAACGACCAGGACAGCAGCAGGGUAGCUCUGGAAGGAUGUGGGAUACUUGAGGCUACAAAUGCCGUAGCUUUCUUUUUUCUUUUUCUGGGUGGGUUCUUGAAAACCAGGGCAUGAAAUGCCUGGCAAUCAUGGUUUGGGCCUUAGAAGUAUCCCCAAAAGAGGCCAUGAAAAUACUGACCUUUGCCUGCCUCAACAUUGCCUGUCUUAACUCUUUAAGAUGUGUUUGGGGCAGGCAUUUUCUGAACUGCCUGUUUAGUUGCUCUUUUUGCUACUGAUACAACUCUUUUAGGCAGCUUCAUAUGGGGUUUGCAGAGUUCUGGCUUCCGAAUGUAAUUUGUAUCAGGGAGAAAAUAGGGAGACAUUGAUGUUCUAAGUGGGCUCUUGGCUAAUAUCCAAGUGCAUAUGGCAGUUGGACUGUGCGCCAAAGUACUUGCAUGCCUUUCCACAAGCAUUUUCUAUGUUUAUCUCUGAUAAUUAAGCCUCCUUGUGUGUGUCUAAAACCUGGAGACCUAAUUAAAAAAUGGGCUUUGUCUCUUGUAGGCUACAUUGUGGGUUAACUUUUCCAAUAAAUAUGGCAAAGAAA